AUGAGCAGUCUAGCUAUCAAGCCCGGAAUUGGACUCGGUCCGUUCAUUCUUGGCAUGGAUCUCUACGACUGUCUACAAUUCAUCAAGAAACACCACACCACGUUCCCUCUGGUCAACGUCAUCUACUCGUCUCAGAGCCCGCUUAGCAACUUCAUUGUGGCGGAUAUGCCGCGUGUCGGGCUGCGACUGCAGUUUGGAGGAGUCACGCAGAAACUGUUGCUCAUCGAAGUGUACAACUUCACGCCUGCCAACGGACUGGCCCUGGAGUACAACGAAACAGCCUUACCAAAGGGAAAUAUCAGCUUGAGGGCAAUCUACGGGGGAAAACUGUUUGGUCCAACUUACGCCGGGGAAUAUAAGAAGGAGCUGGAGAAGUACGUGCUGUCGUAUCCUGGAGUGGCCUUCAGUUUCAACGUGGAUGCGCAAACGGUGGAGAAAAACUCUCUGAGCGACUCCCAGUCCUUCAUCAAACACCUAUCGUCCUCAGAAACCACAUCCAUGGCCAUCUUCAAGGGUCCUACUUGGUGGGAAGCACUCAAGGAGCUGAACCAGGAGGGAGCAGAUGUGUCCCAUCAGGUGAGUUUACGGCCGCAAAAGGGGGAAAUUUAUUUCCCGGCCGGUAAAGUAACCGUGGGAUCCACAACAAUGCAGGAUAUCGUUGCCAUGUUCGGAUCGCCCGAAGAGAAGUUUGUGCGGAAAGACUCUGCUCUCAGUAUCCACAGAAAAGACUCCAGCAAGAGCACACGCACAGAAUCCGGACACGUGACAUUCUUCAAUUAUUUCCGACUCGGCAUUGAUUUCUGUUUCUCCAACUCAGGCCAGCUUCUCAAGGUCAUUUUCCAUCAUAACAUCCCAGGAACCAUUGAGUUCCAGCGCUACUCCCGUGCACGAUGGAGCCUCGAGGCAAGUAAUCAUGUAACCGUCACUUCGGAGAUGGACUACACUGAGCUGGCUCAGAAACUGGAUCUAUCUCAUUCCAAGGGUUUGACCUUGGCCAAAGCGAUGGAAUCUCCUAGUUCGUCUAUUGAGCUUGUGAAUGGCGGUAACGAGGUCUUUCCGGAUUCUAACUGGGGCAUGGCUGAUUUGUGCGGCAUGGACGGAGCAGUGUUUGAGUUUUGCAAGCAGGGGUCUAUCGCUAGUGUUACUAUUUAUUAG